AUGAAACAUUAUCCAUCGUUGUGCGUGCUUCCAAUGGCAACAAUCAUCGACGAUGACCAAAGCAUAAAUGACUUCAGUGGAUUUCGAUCAUACAAUAUUUUUCGAAUGGUAUUCGAAUUAUUCCAAUCUCAGCUCGAUGAACAGGAACUUCUAGGUGCGCCAGCAUUUGACUACAAAACUCGCACUCUCUUUUUUCAGGCAGAUUAUUUCAAUAUAUCGCAGGCAACGGUGACCCGUAUUGUAAUCUGGCCGACGAGGGUAAAUACAAAGUCUACUACCUUUCAAAAUGAAGAAGAAUUAUUCUGGUAUUCGCGUGAACAUCGAUUGCACGGAGCUCGAGAUCGAACAAUCUAUGAUUCCUCACGCUCAGCAAGACACAUGGUCCACUUACAAGAAAGCCAAUAUAGCAAAAGGUUCGCUAUUUGGAAAUCUCUUUCAUCCAAUAUUUCCAUAUUCUGGGGCGGCGGAAUAAUGGCUGACAGAGAAUUCGCGCUCGAUGCAAUACAUCCACCAUUUCUCGGCCGACACAAAAAGCUCUCCGCCGAAAUGGUUCUCACAGCGUGGAUGGUAGCUCGUAACAGAAUCCAUGUCGAGCGUUGUAUGGGACGUCUAAAGAAUUUCAUAUUACUGAAUGGCAUCAUACCGUUGAAAUCUAUUUAUUCUCAGGUCGAUCAUUCCGGCGCAGUUUUCGCCGAUUCCAGCAAGUUCCUUGCCGCCGGAACCGACCGUGCCAUAAUAGCCUGGGUAUUUGUGCUCUUUCUUACGGUUUUCGAUGAACCGCUAGUAAAAAUAAUAUAG